AUGACUUUUGUCAAGGUUGGAAUAUCUGGUAGUUCUGGAGGAUCAGUAUAUCUUGAAUGUGUCAACUUUUAGCAAGUUGAUGAUGAAGCAAAUGGAAAAAUAUACAUUCCUAAAAGGAUAGUAUCUACUAUUGAUUAAUUGAAAAAUAGUUCAAAUUUCGAUGAUUUAGAUGGAACUGUUUCUGUAGUAUUCAGAGACAACGUUUUUAUGCAUAAUACAGCAUCAAAUGGAUAAGGAAUAUUGACUGUGAAAAAUUUUCCAAAAAUAUCAAGUAUUAAUGAUGCUUAUAUCUUAAAUUUUGAUGCUUUUCAAGAGGUGAAUACAAAGUUUGCUUCAAAUUUGAAUUACCAGGAAAAUUUUAAAAAUGGAGAAAAAUUUCAAGACUUAUAUUAAAACAAUACUUAUGAGGAUAAAAAGUUUGCUUCAUCCAUAAUACAUUUUGAAAAAUUGAAGAGCAUUUAUAUAGAAUAAAUUAGAAUAGACUCAAACAUACUUAUUGAGCCAAAAUUUUCAAAUAAAAGAGCUUCCAUUUUCUAUUUCAAAGAUAUCUCUGACAGCGUUUAAAUAAUUUCAUUAGAUGGCUAAAGUAUAAAGGGAUCAUAUAGCGCUUCUGAGAUAGAUGAAUUAUUAAGCAAUUUGGAUCAUUCUUAAUGGCUUUUUCCUGGAACCAAGUUGAGAUUAUUAUAAUUGGUACCAUUUGCAAAUUAAGAUAAAAUUUUAGAAUUGAAAAUCGAAAAUUGGACAUUCAAUGAGAUUUCAUUUAAUGCUGAAGAAAUUUUAAACGCAUAAAAUAUCUGCAAUUGA